AUGUUGAAACUUUCGCAAUUACUCGAUGCAAAACGUCGCGAUAGUUCCGAGGCGGCUACUGCUGACCCAUCAGCCAUCUCUUCUCGUCGCUCGAUUCAGUCGCCUGGAAAUACAGACUCCUCGACUCCUGUGUCGCCUGCACUUUCUCUUUUCUCGUCUAAAGGCCAUGCGCGAGUCUCCAGCUCCGUUUCUUCUCUCGUCCCCUCUCCCGGUCAUGGCAACUCGAUGGAGAGUGCGACCCGAGACCAUGGUCUGACUGGUGUUCAAGAGGAACCAUGCACAAAUGAAGCAAGGGAUCUUGAGCAGGAAUAUUUCCAGCACUUUGAUCAAGGCCUAUCUGUCGACAACCCAUACUUCUCCGCCGUCGAUUAUUUCGGUUGCUACGAUCUGACCGAUGCCAGCAUGGAUACCCCUCAUUCCUCCAAGAAGCGACGUUCGGGUAGUAUUACGUCCUCCAAAGGCCUUUCUCGCAUCAGCUCGCGCGUCUCAACCAUGUCCAGUCGUUGGAAGUCCCGCCAGUCGGAGGAUGUGGACCGCAAUGCCUCGUAUACAGAUAAUUGGCACCCUCGCACUAGCUCCGCUGCUUCGUCUGCCCUAGUCAGUCCCGCUGGAUACCCAGUUGCGCGUAUUGACUCCACCGUCAUCCCUCCCUCGCCUGCUCGGACCAUCUUCGAGGAACGAAUCAGUGAAUCGGGUGCGCGGCCACUCGAUAUAGACAGUGCCAACCGUCAGUUCCUCGAGGAAGAGGGCGAUUCCACUCACCAGGCCAGCACUCCAUUGCUGCCACCGUUCAUGGGCGACGGUCCAAUGGCUGCUGCUGUUGCGGGCGUGACCUCGCCAUUGGAGUCGCCAACCGUGGCGGACAUUUCAGAUGACGUACUAAAUCUCGACAAUUGUGUCUCCGCCGCCAUUCCAGCUACGUGGAAGCCAUCGGUUACAAUUCCCUCGCCGCCUUUGUCAUCCCAACCGUCCAUGACCUCAUUCCAUAAUCGCCCGAGCGCCAGCACUAUGCGCUCCAUGUCAGAUGGGCCGUCUCCUUUGUACAUGUCGGACCCCAACGAUGAGUGGGCAAACAAGCUGGGACAUGCGAAUUUCACCAUCCACCCAGCUCCGUACAUGCCUGAUACCUGCACCAUGGAUUCCUUUUGCCAAUUGCUGGAUGACUGGGACCUUGCGCAGUGCAAUUUUGCCAAGCAUCUUGUCCGCACUGGGGAACACUACGGUGUCACGUCCAAUAUCUACAAGCUGACCGAGGCCAAAUGGGAUGCCACCAACCGCGAAUGGAAGCGCCACCAUCAGGCCAUGCAGUCGCAACUCGAGGAGACUCACGGACCUACUUUGAGCUUGACCCAGUCGCAUUUCGGUCCUAGUGACCAAGUCAAGCUUCCUCGUCUUCACGACAAGAAGUUCCCAGAACUGGGUGAUGGCGAGAUAGUCGGUCCUAUGAAGAUUCUCCCUUGUCAACCGCGACCUUCUCUGAAGCGCAGCUUCUUCAAGUUCUUCCAGGAUCUAAUCGGACGAUCCUAA